CAUGGCAGGCACGUCUGAAACUAUAGUAUUGAAUGACCUGAACGUAAUCUGGACAUUUUUGAACCACAAGGACUUGCUGUAUCGCCCAAGAAGCUGGAUCCUGAGCGAAACUGUUGACUUGGGGUUUGCCAGUUACGGAGGCAAGUCUUGGGAUGAAAACCGCCGUUUCUCCUCGAAGCUGUUACGUGGACUGGGAUUUCGAAGACCGGCCAUGGACGAAACCAUCGCUGAAGGCUGUCGACUGCUGCUGAGUGAAAUAGCCAAGUCCCAAGGAGAGCCCAUAGACCUGUUCGACCUCAUUCUCUCCAGUGCUCUGAGCAACAUCGAGGUGUUCGUGCUUGGCUACCGCUAUCCCUUUGGACACCCAGAACAGCAGCGUCUCUGCAGUGUACUACGAGAGGAAUUCAUGAGUAAUCGAGCUGGGAGCGUAGUGUUAUCUUUUCCGUCUCUAGUAAGGACGUUAUCCUGGUACCUGCCGUCCUCUCGUGUGGCCACAGUCAUGAGAACCAUGAGAUCGAUUCAGGAAUUCGCAAGUACGCACCUGUUCCGUCACAUGGCAACAUUAGAUGACAAAGAAGACCGCGACUUCAUUGACGCCUACUUAAGAAAAUGCAGGGAAGACGAUCAAGGGGCUGAUUCGACGUAUAGUUUGUCCUCAUUAACAGGCAACGUUGUCGCUUUUUUGCUGGCUGGCACUGUCGCGGCGGCAUCGUUAAUGAGAGAGCUGCUGCUGGUCGCCGCCAACCCGGACACAUUGCAGGCUCGCAUACAACGGGAAGUCGCCGAUUCAGUAGGCGGCGAGCGUAAGCCGUCCUGGCAAGACAGGAUCUCGACUCCCUACACGAUGGCCUUUAUCUGGGAGGCACACCGGAGAUACACCAUGAUGCCACUCGGAGUACCCAGGCGAGCUUGUCAAGACGUUAUCAUCGGCGAAUACUUCAUUCCGGAAGGUGCGACUGUGGUGCCAAACGUCUGGGCGCUGCACAACGAUCCCGCACUAUGGAAGGACCCGGAUAAGUUUGACCCAACACGUUUCUUGAUGACUGAUGGCUCGCUGUCCCCGGAGUUGCUUCAGAGGGUGAUCCCCUUUUCUGUCGGCAGAAGAAUGUGCCCUGGCGAAAUCUUCGCAUCUGUCGAGAUAUACGUAUACUUGACCAGCAUCGUCCAGAGAUACCGCGUUGUUCCGGUAAGCGGAAGUGCGGUUCACGUGGAUGUGGAAUACAGUGAUAUUAUGAAGCCCGGCCGAUACAAGAUGCGCUGUAUACCACGAAUAAAUGCAACUCCGUGA